UGCUUUUUUUUUGCUUCUGACGGCGCAGGCUCCCAGAAGCUUGUAAAUUGUUCUGUGUAUCAUAGUUUCGUAUUGCGCCUACUUCUUCAACAUUAUUAUUCUUCUAGCAGGUGUGGUAUAGUUCCUAAAUAAGUGUGCAUACAAUUGUUCUGCAGGCCUGGUCACAAGUGUCAAGGCUCUAGGAAAGUGACCAGGACUCCAUAUAUAUAUGUUUCUGAAUUUGAUCGACAGUCAAAAAGAGCAUGGCAACAUCUAAGGAACGUGCACUGGCACUGGUGACGGAGGUGCCACGGAUUUACCCAGAAAUGCCGCCACCGUAUCCCGACGUAAAGGAAACACCGCCACCUUACGUUCAGUACGUACCUGCUGGAUCGCCGCCUAACAGAUUCGGUGUUGUGAACUCUGCAACUUCGACGACACUGCAGGAAGGACCAGAGCACAAAACGACACGGUUGAGUCGACAGACGAUCGUGAAGUAUUCGCUGUUCACUUCGCUUUUCGUAGCGAUCGUGAUCGUGGCCAUCCUUCUUCUACUACGACUUGUGAAGGAAAAGGAAUACCCAGUACCUCCUGAAGUGGCCAACCUGACCCUGGUAGCAGUCGAUGGUGACUCGUUCACCGCAACUUGGGAGCGACCAGAGGGCCGCUUCGACUACUACUGGAUCGAGGUGAUUGACGACCACGCGAGUAGCGCAAGCAGCCGCUCAGAACCACAUCGUGUCGGCACCUGCACCAACGGCACCAUUAUACACCCGGACCAGACUCAGGUUACCUGUGGGCACAUCGAUGCGUGCUCCAACGUGAGCCUCAAUGUGCGAACGCAUGUGAAUGGACCGCCUGGACGCACUUCCGCGGCCGUUACCCUGCCGGGAAUAUUCAUACCGGGAACAGAUCCCGAUCCACCGAAGAACAUCACCGUGGCUCCUGAAUCGCCUUCGCAGAGCAGACUUUCGUGGGAAGCGCCCAAGACGUACACCGGCGUGCUAGACCGAUACGAAGUCAAAGUCUGCUAUACAUACGAGUCCUGUGACGCCGCUGCAGACGUCUCCACUUGCAGGGACUUCGAUACUUCUGACACGUCACUUCACUUUGAGAGCACCGUGGACACUCCGUACUGUGUGCUUAUAACGGCUAGCGCCCGGUGCGGUAGCCAGGUCUUGAGAAGUCCUACGGAGGCUUCUGAGAUUAGGACCCCUUCUUUCGCUCCAGGAGACUUCACGAUCUCUGCGACUGCACCCAGUCCCAGAUCUGUGCAAGUCGAGGUGUUCGUUCCUGAAGUGAAAAAUGGUGCUUUGGACAAGUGUUCCGGCACGAUACGAAGCCGCCGAACUGAACACGAGUUUAGCUGCAACAAUCACGAUGACAAAUCGGCCACAGUUACUCUGUAUGAAUUGGAACCUGGAACUGAAUACAAUGUCACUGUCACUUUCGCUAACAUCUACGACGGCAGAGAGAUGGCAACGCGGAAAUGGACCUCCGUCACAACGCCAUACGGCUGCGGCACCAAGAGGCGGUCGUUUGUGAAAAUAAGUUCUGACCAGGACGCCAUCCUGGUUCAUGUGAGUAACAUGGACCAGGAUGGUGAAGUCACUCAUGAGCCGGCUCACUCGAACUCCCUAAGACUCGGAAUGAUCCAACCAAUCGAACGAGACUGGAACCAGGACACAUGGAAUCCGCCGUCGCGUGAUCGACCGUACGUGGCUGCUGGCGUGGCUGGACCCUGUACGCCGGAAGCACUCCUGUUGUGCUCAGCAGUUAUUCUAGCGCUGCGGCAGCUAGUGUUUCAGCAGCACUGA